AUGGUCAUAUCAAGGCUAUUUGAAAUAGAGAAAGAGAUGAUUCAGCAGCUGGAGAAGUGGGACAAAAUUGAGGAAUCAUUCUACAAGCAAAAGUCAAGAAUACAAUGGCUACAACUGGGGGACACCAAUAGUGCUUAUUUCUUUGCAAGUAUGAAAAGAAGGAUGGGUCAGAAUCAAAUCACAAAGCUUAUUGAUAGUAAGGGGAACACCUUAAAAUACUAUAAAGAGAUUGAAACUGAAGUGGUUAACUUUUGCAAAAGCUUUCUGGGAACUACAUGUGGAAGCAUACCUGCCAUACAUCCUGGGAGGAUAAGGAAUGGACCAAUGUUAAGCAGGAAACAACAGCUGGAACUUAUAGCUCCUUUUACAAAGGAGGAUGUAAUUGAAGCUCUCGAGUGUAUAGAUGAUAUGAAGGCACCUGGGGCAGAUGGUUUCAAUGCAUGCUUCUUCAAAAAAACAUGGAAUCUGAAUGGAGAUGAGAUAGCUAAGGCAGAUCUGCAGUUCUUUAAUACUGGGAAAAUGUUCAAGCCAAUAAAUUGCAGCUGUUACACUUAUUCCCAAAGUGAAGAACCCAACUUCAAUAAAAAAAUACAGGCCAAUCUCUUGUUGUACUACCCUAUACAAAAUCAUAUCCAAGAUGCUGACAAAUAG